ACACGUCAUCCCCUCAUCUCCAGGCCUCGCCUCUCAAUAUUCGCGCAUCACACGAUCCGGCAUUUACCUAAUAUUCGCGCGCACCCCUGCAUUUCCUAAGGGUAACGGAAACUACGUGGUGUUCCGAAAAGAGAUUUCCUGGGGGUAAUAGCUUGCGGGGCGGACCGCGAACGGUGUGAGCACUAGGAUUUAUCGCGCCAUUGGGCUCGGCGGGCUUGGUAGAGCGAAGGAAGCGCGAGUCAAGAUUACGAAGGAUCUGUUGGGAAUGGCGGGAUUGGAGAGAUGCGAGUACUACCAUGGGUUGGUGGACAUGGGAAGCAACGGCAUCCGCUUCUCCAUCACCGACCUCCAACCUCCAACAGCUCGCAUUUUACCCACGCUGUACCUCUCGCGAGCAGCCAUAUCUCUCUACGAUGCACAAUUCACGCCUUCAUCAAACGAUCCCAUACCAAUCCCACAUGAGACCAUCGAGAGGGUGAUCAAAGCACUGCUACGUUUCAAAUCCACCUGCCACGACUUCGGUGUACCAGAACACCAGAUCCGAAUCGUAGCCACAGAAGCUACUCGCAAGGCCAUCAACUCCCAAGAAUUUCAGAAUGUGAUCCACGAGAAGACUGGAUGGAAAGUACAGCUGCUGGAGAAGGAGGUGGAGGGGAGAGUUGGAGCCUACGGCGUCGCAAGCAGCUACGCCAAUGUUUCUGGCUUGGUGAUGGAUUUGGGAGGUGGCAGCACCCAGCUUACAUGGAUCAUGACUGCGGAUGGAGAAGUGAGGAUGUACGAGAGGGGAAGCGUGAGUCUGCCGUACGGCGCGGCGGCGUUGGCCAAGAGACUGGAGGCUGCAGGAGCGAAGGGAAGCAAAGCAUACAAGACCUUCGAGCAGGAGGUAAUGGGCGACCUGAGCGAUGCUGUCCGGCAGAUUGAUAUCCCUAAAGAAUUGUUUAAACAGGGAGAAGGCCUUCACUUGUACUUGUCAGGUGGCGGAUUCCGUGGCUGGGGCUUCGUGCUCAUGUCACAACACAGCAUCAGGCCGUAUCCUAUUCCGAUCAUCAACGGCUUCAAGGUCAAGGAAUACUCGUUCCAGGAUACGCAGGCUGUCCGCGCUGCCGUCUUUGACGAGGACACGCCCGAUAUUUUCAGAGUAUCGCAGAGGCGGGCAAGCCAGGUUCCAGCCGUCGCUUUCCUGGUUGAUUGCCUCUCAAAAGCAUUACCCACUAUCCAGGAUGUCCACUUCUGCCAAGGUGGUGUGAGAGAAGGGAUGCACUUUGCAGAGAUGGAACCGAUGCAGAGGAAAGAGGAUCCCAUCGUCACCGCGACCAAAGCUUAUGCAAGAGAAUCAGCCCCUGAGAUUGUUGGUUUACUGUUGAGUGCUCUCCCGACACCAUCCCCGUUGCCGUUCAACACGGCCCUUAUACAAGCCUUCGCGCAAGCCCUCUAUGCCCACGCGGCAUUUCCGAAGGACGUUUGCGCUGGUGCGGCUCUGAGGAGCACAUCGACCGGCUUCUUUGCAUCAACACACGGCAUGAGUCACGAGCAGCGUGCAGUACUGGCAAUUCUGCUGUGCGAACGUUACGGCGGGUUCCGGUCACUAAGUCCCACGGAGCAAGACUUCUACCACCGCCUGUUGCAGUUGCUUCCGGGCGACCUGAGCUGGUGGUGCGUGCAUCUAGGGCGUGUUGCUGCGGUGGUUGCAGUUGUAUAUCCAGCUGGUGUAAUCAGAGAGCAACGUCUGGAUAUUCAGACGACUUGGGCCGCGACCAAGAAGGGCAACGACAAAGUAUGCAUUUCGUUCAGCUUUCCGACACUGGCCCGUGUCGACGAGAUGGAUGAAGCACUCAACGAUGCACUUGAGCAGGUGGACAAGGCGGGGAAGAAGAAGAACUGGGUCGCUGGGCAUGGUUAUAAAGUGGAGGUAAGUAUCGGAAAGUAAUUGAAACAUGGUCGAGCCAGCAGCCAAGAAUCAUAGAGACGGACUUUGAAACUUGCGAAGUGUGCAAAUCGUACGCGCAGGAUAUGUCUUUCGUAGCAUGCUGUGAGGGCAUUGUGGCCGGCAUGUUCACUCAGAGGCGUGGCAGCGUUUCAUGCAUAGCGUCAACUCAGGAUGGGUUGUAACUCGCAAGGCUCUAGAUUCUGACAAUGACUC